GAAAUAUAUUUAAACCACUUUCGAAACGGUAAAAGUUAUUAGUUCUUCUCAAGCAUCAACUAAAGUAACACCAUGCAUUCCGCAAUUGUAGCACUUUUCUGCUUCUUCGCAGCAACCCAAGCCGCUAGUUUCAGUGCUGCAACCCUUCCUGCAGCCGUAGGAUCGGGAGUCAGUGCUGCAACCCUUCCAGCCGUUGUUGGGUCAGGAGUUAGUGCUGCAACCCUUCCAGCUGAGGUUGAAUCAGGAGUUGGUGCUGCAACCCUUCCAGCUGAGGUUGGAUCAGGAGUUAGUGCUUCAACCCUUCCAGCUUUCGUAGAAUCAGGAGUUGGCGCUGCAACCCUUCCUGUUGUGAUUGGUUCUAAUGAUGCAUCUGUUUCUGAUGUCGAGGCCACCGCAGAUGGUGAUGCAGUCGAACUCAAACUCACAAUUCGCGUCCCAAUUGGUGCAUCGGGUGUUUCCGGAGAACCCAGCGUCGCUUCCGUGCGUCCUUCCUUACCAGUAACUUGGUUCCGCUAAAAUAAAUAAAAUAACGACCAGUCAAUUUGCUUGUAUCUGACUAAAAU